AAGAUGGGGAAAGGGACGAAGGCGAAGGAGAAGAAGCCGCGGGACAUCCUCGCAGGGUCCGACGAGGACUCCGACGGCGGGGAGGACCUCUCGAAGAUCCAGAUCAACGAGGAGUACGCGCGCCGCUUCGAGCACAACAAGCGGCGUGAGGCGAUGCAGCGCCUCGAGGAGCGCAGGAAACAGGACCUGCUCCUCGCCCCUGACGAAGACGAGGAGUCAUCGUCGUUGGAAGAGGACGACGAGGAGGACAUUGCUGCGCGCAGCGUCGACCGCCGCGUGUUCGAGGUCAUCCGCCGCAUCCGGAGCGGCGACCCCCGCGUCCUCGACAAGGACGCCAAGGUUUACUCCUCGGAGGAGGAGGAGGAGGAGGGCGGCGAGGAGAAGCAAGGGAAGAAGGCUAAGAAGGAGAAGCCUCUGUAUCUCAAGGACGUUAACGCCCGCCACCUGCUCGAGGAGGGUCCUGAGUUUAUAGCACAGACCAGCCGGAGCAACAAGUACGACAGGAUUGCCUAUGACGAGCAGUAGAAGAAGGGAUUGGAGGCUUUCCAUGAGGCGGAGAAGGAAGUUCUAGGUGACGGCGACGAAAUCUUCCAUGAGAAGCCAAAGGUUCGAGCAGGUGCUGAUGAGGGCGAGGGGGAUGAUGAUGAGGAGAAGUAGACAAAGGAGCUAGCUGGUGUGGUUUUCGGCAAGGACGAGGAGCUGGAUGAGAACGAGAAGUUCUUGAAGGAUUUUUUCCUCAAGAGGCCGUACCUUGAGUCGGGAAUGGACAAGUCCUAUCUUUAUGAUUCCGAGGAAUUGUCAGAUGACAAGGAGGAGCUCGAGGUACAGGAAGAAUAUGAGUCUCUUUAUAAAUACCAGCAUGAGGAGGCCGCUGCAUCGGGGGCAGUGGUGGCAGACCGGGUAAUGGGUCAUUCAAGAGUUGUUGAGGGGUCGGUGAGGAAGAAGGAGAGCAGCAGGAAACAGCAGAGGAAGAGCAAGGAGGAGCGGAUUGCCCGGGCUAAGCAAGAGCAGGCAGAGGAGCUGAAGCAUCUCAAGAAUUUGAAGAAGAAAGAGAUUGCAGAGAAGCUUGAGAGGAUCCGAACGAUUGCCGGGAUUGAAGGUGAUGCUGCUUGUAAGCUUGGUGCUGAUGACUUGGAGGAGGAUUUUGAUCCAAAGGAUUAUGACAAGAAAAUGCAGGAGAUGUUUGAUGACAGUUACUACGAGGCUGAUGACGUUGAUCCUGAGUUUGGAAGUGGUGAGGAGAUGGAUUUGGAAAAGCCUGAAUUUGAUAAGGAAGAUGAAUUGCUCGGGCUUCCUAAGGGUUGGGCUGGUGACCAAUCUAAAGAAGAGUCUACUGCUGCUGCUGAGGGGAAAGCUACAAAAGGGAAGAUAUCGCACAAGGACAAGGUGGAUCUAGAGAAAGAGAUGGAAGAGUACUACAAGUUAGACUAUGAGGACACUAUUGGAGAUCUGAAGACUAGGUUCAAGUAUAAGAAGGUUAAUCCCAAUUGUUUUGGUUUGAGUACCUAUGAGAUACUGACAUCAGACGACAGGGAUUUUAACCAAUAUGUUUCCAUGAAGAAGCUAGCCCCUUAUAGGGAGACUGAGUGGAAUGUAACACAUCAUAAGAAGUUGAGCAAGGAUUUGAUCCUUGGAGGCCAGAAGAAAGAAGGGAAGAAGGACAAAUCCAGCAAGAAAUCUAGGGCUGAGGAGGGCGGACCAAGUUCUUCAAAACAAGAGAAAGGCAAGCUGGUGAAUGAACAAGAGCCAGCAGGUGACAAGAGAAAGUCUACCAGAAGUGAACGAAGGAAGCGUCGAAAGGUUGAUUUGAAGAUACCCACCGGAAGACUAGAGGCAUAUGGGAAGAUAAAUUCGAAGUGUCACAAGAGUCAUUGAGCUUUGGAGAUUCAUCGAAGUACCUCUAGAGAAUUUUUCUGUUCCUUUUAUGCAUUAUGGAAGGGGUGAAAAUCUUGCUGUGGACUAAAGUCUUUGUUGUUGAGGGUUGAGGAUUGAAACAUUUUGGUUUAGGAUAGUCAUGUCUUCUAUUUUGGAAGUUGCAAACAAGUGUCAUCCUAGUAGAAAGGCAAUGUCAUUGCCCUGAGUUGUAUCGGGAGUGUUGUUUGCCUCUUUUCGUGAACCAGAUAAUGUAACUGCCCUGCCGUUCGCUAGUACAAUGAUUUGAAUUACUCUGUUUUUUUUCU